AUGGAUGGGUCCCUCACCGAAUGGAAGCACAAUGGAUGGAUCUAUUCAGGGCAAGCCAUCCAACCAGCCCUGGCUCAAUUUCAGCGCCAACAACUUAACCAUGUUGUGCUGAGUCUCCUAAAUCUUAGGCGGGUUCGUGUUAGUGAAGCCAGCUCCUCAUCUGUAGCGACAAAAUCCAAGAACCUCGUCUCAUCCGGCUCCUCUUUUCCUCAUGCACAUCCUCUUGCCGACUGUUCAACGCCGCCACAAACAUCUCAACACGGAUCAAGACGUCUCUGCAUAUACUUCAAUACGCUAUCGCUAUCGUUUCAACGAGAACCACCGUCCGCCGCCGCCGUCGUCGUCAUACGCACCGCCCUCAAGUCUGCCGUCUGCCGUGAACAGGGUCGGGCCCAGUCUAUCAGGCAAAGCCCGCAACCACCACACAUACUCCUACUACAUCUCCUAUCUAGCCCUUCUCCAUCAACACAGAGUGUUUCUCGCAUGAUGACUUCCAUGUCGCCUAUCGCCUUUGAUGCUUCGGGGGCAUCGUCAAAUGGUGGCAGUGUCUCCCCUCAACAGACAGUGACUCCCAAGAACGUCGCAUUCGAAUUGCUGUUCCCCGAUUCCCCCCAAUAUCGUGCGCGCUUGCCAAUGCGAGUGCAAAUAUAUCCCCACGAUACUACCGACUCGAUUGUCACAACCGUUAAGAAUUUCUAUGGUCUGUACUCGGGUCCCAACGGGUCAACAAAGGGUGUCAGUUUUGAGGACAAUGGAGGAAAUACCUUGAUCGCUCGAUAUGAGAACUUCCAAGACCGCAUGGUAGUAUACGUCAGGGUUAUAGAAGAAUCUCCGGCGACAUAUGCUCCCCACCCCUAUCACAAUCCUUCUGUUGCUGCCAGCCAUCCUUACUAUAGCGAUAACGGCUAUCCUGCUCCUCAAGCCUCGCGCUGCGCACAGGAGUUGUCUAGGCCUGGUUCUCCUUCAUCACGGAGGCGAAGCCCCUCUCCCCAUACUGUCCGUGGUCGAAGAAGUGCUUCUACCAGCACAAAUGGAAAGAAGGGUCGCUCACGCUCUUCCAAGACUCGCGCCUCAGCCUCGCGAAGCCACAACGAACUAUAUAGCGACAGCAUUACUGGUUACAGCAGCACUGACGAGCAUGACUCGACCUCUGGAAAGAACAAGGAUCAACUUCCUACUACUGAUAUCAGUGUUGAGAACAUUGUUGAAGGUGGUCGUCGCAAGAGAGCCAAGUUUGAAAGCUCGGAAUUGCCCUUGUUCGCACCACCUCAGAUGCCGGCAGCAACAUCGAACCCUUCCGUGUCUCCCGCUCGCCGUGUUGAACCUCAUCGCCCUGCGGUUCCCUUCAUGCAGCCUCACCAAAAUCCCUUCACGAACCCCCCUCGCCCCAUGCAGUCACCACAGGGCUACAGCAAUGCUAUGACACAUUCAUCCCUUUAUUCAACACCCGGUCGCAACCGAAAUAGUGGCGGAUAUACCAGCAGUGCAAUGGGAAUUAUUCCUACUCCCGACCCCACUGUGGGUAGCUGCGUGUCUGAAGAGGACAAGGAUGUUGCCAUUCAACUGAUGCGACUCGGUGACAUGUCCAAUAUGUCCCAUGGCCGAACCUCCGCGUCUACAGUCGACGAUACAUUCAGUGGUAUAGCCGAUGCUGCUUCCUCCACGGGUGCUACUAGCGACAGCGAGAGUGAAGCAGAGUUGCCUCCUCCUCGUCGCCAGAAGCUUGAUGUUUCCGGUGUCGGAAAGGUCUACCAGACUACCGAGUCUCACUUUAUGCCACCCCCUGAGAGUGUUGAAGUCAGCGGCGACGAUGCUGACUACGAGGACGGGGCUGAUGACUCUCUUCUCUCCAAUGGCAAGGGUAAGCCUGCCAAAACCAUGAAGGCUCCUUCAAAACACAAGAGCUCUUCGUCUGUCUCCAAGACAUCUUCGAACAAGGCCUCCAAGGCCGCACGUCCCGCCAGUGGUACCAAGGGCAAGAAGCUUCCCCCUGUUCCCAGUGGCCCAAUGUCGCCUGCCUCAAUGCCCCCUUCACGAAAGCAGUCAGUGGCAUCCACCGGACAAACUCCCCUUGUUCCUGGUGAAGAUGAUCAGCCCGACCUAUCUACCAAGCCGCGUUGCCAGCGCUGCAGAAAGAGCAAGAAGGGCUGUGAUCGUCAGCGACCUUGCGGCCGUUGUCGCGAUGCUGGUCUGAACGCCGAUCAAUGCAUUAGUGAGGAUGAGGGCAACGGCCGAAAGGGUCGAUACGGUCGUCACAUGGGAGUGCCCAUCAAGAAGGAUGAGGUUCCCGCCGUUGCUCAGCCUGCGCUAUUACCUGCUGCGCCCAUCUCCUCCGCGACAAUGACUCUGGACAAGUCCAAGAAGCGCAAGCGGUAA